AUGGAGAACCCACUUAAUUUACGUUUCUGUACUGUCUGUGCAUCGAACAACAACCGUUCUAUGGAAGCCCAUAAAGUUUUAAAAAAUGCAGGUUAUACGGUUCGAUCGUAUGGUACAGGAUCUGCUGUUAGAUUACCUGGGCCAUCAAUCAAUAAGCCAAACGUAUUCCAGUUUGGAACGCCGUACACUGAGAUCAUGAAAGUUCUUGAAUCACAAGGUAUUAAAGUACAUAAAAAUAAUGGAGUUUUAGAUAUGACUGUACGUAAUAUGCAGAUAAAGAAGGCACCAGAGCGUUGGCCAUAUUAUAACCAACCUCCACAAAAACUACCAGAAGAGGAACACGAGGGGUUCAAGGGUGAGCUAGAUUUUGAAAUAGUGAUCACAUGUGAAGAAAGAUGUUUUGAUAAUGUUGUUGAAGAUUUCCUUACAAGAAAUUACUUUAAUCCAGAUGAAACUAGUAGAAAGGUUCACGUUUUCAAUGUCGAAAUCAGAGAUGAUCAUGAAAAUGCACAAAUUGGUGGACGUGCCAUUCUAGAAUUGGCCAAUUCUCUGAAUGAUUUAUACCGCAAAUCAGUAGCUAAUUCGGAUUUGGAUGAUUCACAUCCAGAAUGCUGGGAGGAUGACAUACCUGAUCUAAUUGCAAAUUGGCAAGCGAAAUAUGGAAAUCUACCACUUCUAUAUAGUUUGUGCUUCCAUUAG